GCAGCGCCAUCUGUCCCGAGCAGAGGGUGGUGGUAUCAGCCCUUGGAGCUCUGCCCAAAACCACCGCACAAGCGGAUUCCCAGCUGCGGCUCUUGCAGGACAAGUCCUGGGCCGCUGGGACGCCAGGUCCUGCCGUCCUUCCUGCCUGUGCCACUUCCAGGACGGUGACUGCCCUCCAGGUCCAAGGAGUCCUCGGGUCACUCGCUGUCGGGCAAAUCGGAUACCUGUGUCCAGCAAUCAGGGACACGGCCAUCUGAAGCGGGAGUGGCCCAGCCCACAGGACAUUUGAGGUUCCAGUCAGACCCAGGAUUCUGAAUCCAAGGAGCCGAUGGAGCCCAGUUUACUUUGUUUCAAAGUCAGCUGCAAAUAUCAGGGCUUCCCACGAGGAUCCCAGACCCAGGGCAUGCAGAGACACAGGUGCAGCCGCUGUGAGGUGCUGGGUGGAUUCCCAUGGAGCUAACUCGGCUCUGCCCACCAGCACGCACUGCUUACAGUGCCUGGGACCGGCACAGCCCUGCUCACUGCAGCCUUCAUUGCGGGGCCGGGACCUGGGGGCCACUGAGGCGCCUUCUGCGUCUGCAUGGAAUGAAGGGUUCGCUUCUUCCCUGGACCAGGGUGAGCGUCUCCCUGGCUUAACUGCAUGGCAAGUGAAUGUUUAGCUUUGUAGAAAUUAAGGUCUAACUGCUAAAUUUAAUGUAAAAACUCACAGCCCACAUCCGGUGUGGACAGACAGCUGUUCAGGAGCUGCCCUGGCCCAGCUCCCAGGCUGGAUGGUGAGAAGCCAGGGGCAGGGGCUGCUUCUCACGGAGGGAUGAGAGGUGGGGACAGCUAGAUGCCGGCCUCAGGGCUGCAGCCUGGCUUGGUUCUGCGGGCAUGGUGCCCAGCACAGGAAAGGACCUGUGGUUAGAACAAGUUACUCUGGUCUGCAUCCCAACGGGUGGAAAUCCCGCAAGGGGUACGGUGGGACAACUCCCCAAGGGCUGACAUGCGUCGAACUCCAUGUGAAGUGAGGGUGAAAGGGGUACAGGGUGUCCUUCAGCGGGUCCUGGGGGGGAUGCUGUGGCCACCAAGCUGUGCUUCUUCCUGACUGCAUGGGUGGCAAGGUACCCCAGAACUCAGGUGGAUGUGCACAGCCGAGGCCGUGCACUGGGUCAAGACUGUGGCAGGUCCAGUGGUGAUUCACAGCUCCGUGGGUUUGCAGGGUGUCAGACGGGGGAGCCUGGGGAAGACACCAAGCUCUCCGCGUUACUUAUGAGGAGUCCACGUCUUCACAGUGACCUCGAGACUGGAAGUCGGUUUCAGAUGCCAGACCAGGCAGACAGCACUUCCGAGGUUCUGGUUCACUUGACUGCGUUCUCUUCCCUCUGACCACUGCUUCAGCUCCAACUGAAAUCGAGAAAUGAAACACAGCCCGGAGCCUGUCACACCCAGCAGGUGGCAGCAGUGCCUUGAGAAUGGUCCCAGUGAUGUGGGAGCAGGGCCUGGGACCCAUCCCGCGCCCUAUGCCCUGUGCCAGCUGCUGCAGGGUUAACCGUGCCAGUCCUGUCAGCACCAGGCUGGGGUCACCCAUGGAAGAGGGGUGUCACCUCACCCUGACACUGGCCACAGCUGUUUGCUCUGCCCCAGGAAGCUGAGUCAGGAAGCGACUAUCAGUCCUUCCUGUGGGGCGUCUGGCCUGUAAAGCUGUCAGAGUGGCUGCAUUCCCGGGCAGGUGAUGGAUGGGGCAGCACAGCCGGUACCACAGGUGGACACACGGUGAGCAAGUCAGUGCAGGCGGUCAGGCCUUCUGGGGCUCUGCAGGUGUCACCCCUGCACCCCGAGGGACCUGCGGCCGGGCAUCUGGGCCAAGGCUUCCGCCCGCCACACCCUCCGUCCUUGCUCCUCAGCUAUGAGCUGCAGUACUGCACCCAUCCUGUGUCCUGGCCUGCACGGCCGUGGCCUCUCCGGGCCUGGGUAGCACGGCCUGAGUCCCCAGGGGACUCAAAGCUGUGUUUGAAAUGUGUGGCAGGGAAACCGUCAGCAUGUAGGGCCUGGCUUCACGGGUGCUAGGGAAGUGCUCUGAGCUGGCAUCCAGACUGGCGGGGGCCACAUGCCCACCUGGCAGCCCAUCAGAGUCCCUGAAGAGCAGCAACUGCUGAGAGUCCUGCCCUCCCCCACAUGGUCACCCUGCUGUGGCCUCCAGCUGCCCCCUUGAUCUUGCAAAGGACAUGAGGAUGAUUGUGAUUACCCUCAUCAGCAAGAUUUCUCUCUCCCUCCCUCUCAGUGUUUUUUUUUUUUUUUUUUUUUUUUUUUUUUUUUUUUUUUUUUUGUCUUUUUGGGACAGACAGUCUCACUACGCGCGCAGUUCAGGCUGGCCUUGAGCUUGCAGGCUGAUCUUGAAUGUGCAGUGAUCCUCCUGCCUCAGCCUCCUGAGUGCUGGGGUUACAGGCUGUGCCAUGAUGCCUGGCUACCCAGCGAGGUGUCAGGCGGGACUAAGGUUCGGGGCAGAGCAUGUGUGUGUGAGAGCCUGGGUUUGAUCCCCAGCAUAAAAAAAGAAGAAGAAGAAGAAGAAGAAGAAGAAGAAGAAGAAGAAGAAGAAGAAGAAGAGGAAGAAGAAGAUGGGGGGAGAAUCAUCCCUGUGGCUGUUUGCAUUCCCGAAACCAUUUGUGGGAGGUGACAGUGAACAGACUGCAAGGUGGCACCUGCCCCUCAGCCUCGUGUCCCUCUGCAGAGCUGUGCAGUCUGUUCGCAGAGGCAGGAGGCUGAUGACGAAAAGCCAAGCUCCCGGGCUGCCUACAAACACAGCCCUGGCAGGGGAGGAGCCAGGCCAGCCCGGCCUCAUGCCCUUGGGGCGCCUGGGGGUCCUGGGUGGAGUCUGUGUGCAGAGGGCGUGACCCAUCGCGACUGUCCCUCCCGACCUAUGGCCCCAUUGGCUGAGCCCAAGGGGAGGGAGCUUUAAAAAGGCCACGGAGCCAGCCGGGAGCCAGGAGCCUGAGCUGCUCCUUCCGGCACCAUGAGGCUCUCCCUGGCACUGUGUCUCCUUUGCUCUCUGCUGCAUGCUGCUUUCUGUGCAACAGAGGGCCACGGCUGGCCAGCCUUCAAGAACGACGCCACUGAGUUCAUCCCCAGGCUCGGGGACCACCUGCAGCCCCCUCCAGAACUGGAAAGCAACAAGACCAUGAACCGGGCAGAGAAUGGGGGGCGGCCUCCCCACCACCCCUUCAAGGCCACAGACGCCUCUGAGUUCAGCUGCCGGGAGCUGCGCUCCACGCGUUUUGUGACGGAGGGGCCCUGCCGCAGUGCCAAGCCGGUCACUGAGCUGGUAUGCUCGGGUCAGUGCGGGCCGGCACGCCUACUGCCCAACACCAUUGGCCGUGGCAAGUGGUGGCGCCUGGGUGUGCCUGCCCCGCCCCGCUGCGUUCCUGACCGCCACCGUGCCCAGCACGUUCAGCUGUUGUGCCCCGGGGCUGCGCCAAGAGCCCGAAAGGUGCGCCUGGUGGCCUCCUGCAAGUGCAAAUGGCUGGGCCGCGCACACAACCAGUCCGAGCGCAAGGACUUCGCCCCCGGGCCACAGUGGGGACGCAGGCCCAGGCCACGGGCCGAGCUGGACAACGUGUACUGACCCUGGGGCUGGACCCGCACGGCUGAGGGUCCCCGUCCUUCAAACAUAUGAUGCCCAGUUCGGGGACUGAGCUGCGGAAUCCAUGUGCCCCACGCAUGCCAGCUGCUGGCUCCAGCAGAGCAGGGCAGGAACCCUUAGGACACCAAGUCACGGCCCUGCCUUCCUCCUGAGGGGCAGAAACAGGCAACACAUGCCGCCCCGGCCGGCUAAGGGGCCCCGAGACCCCGGAACCCCCUGCACCAAUGCUUGCUGGGGCUGGGCACCAGGACACACAGCCGUUGCUUGCUGCAGGACCUGGUGGGACCUCGCUGGCCUCUGUCGGACAGGGCAGAGGGCUGUGUCUCCAGGCCCAGGUGCACUCUGAACAGGUGGGGGAUUGGCCACUGCCAGUCACUUCGGGAAGUGGCACUGAUCCUACUGCAGAAAACGGGACAAGAAAAGGGGGCUGCGGGCCCAGGACGGCCAGGGAGAGCUGGCCGUGAGUCCCAGACUGCUGCCCGUCAUUGCCAAGCAGCCGCUCUGCAGUGGGCAGGAAGAGGGUCCCCGGGGGCAGACAGAACAACUGGCGUCCCUGCCUGCGCUGUGCAUGUGGCCACCAGCAGGGGCCGGCCCGCCCUGCCUCUGCCAGCACCCGUGAGCGUGCUUCAGUCUGGCAGAGGGCUCCUCCCGCUGCUGCCCAGGGUGGAGGCCGAGGAGCGUGCCCUGGCUCCAGCUCCGUUGCUGCCCCUGCCUGCUUUGGGCACAGCCUUCACUGUGCAGAGGGGACGCAGCUGGGCCAGAAGAGGCCUUAGGAGUGCAGGGCCAGCACAGUCGCCGUCCCACGUGCGCCAGCUAGAGGUGGAGGCUCUCCCCAGCAUGCUGUGUAUUUAUUUUCCCGCGUUAAGUUAUUGAUGCCAAGGGCUCCCUGCAGGGCGGUGUCUGUUCUACUCCGCAAAGCCCAAGUGCCCGGGUGCCGGGCACUGUUAAUAAAAAACGAGCACUGUA